CGGCAAUGAUCCUUCCGCAGGUUCACCUACGGAAACCUUGUUACGACUUCUCCUUCCUCUAAAUGAUAAGGUUCAGUGGACUUCUCGCAACGUCGAAGGCAGCGAACCGCCCACGUCGCCACGAUCCGAGCACUUCACUGGAUCAUUCAAUCGGUAGGAGCGACGGACGGUGUGUACAAAGGGCAGGGACGUAGUCAACGCGAGCUGAUGACUCGCGCUUACUAGGAAUUCCUCGUUGAAGACCAACAAUUGCAAUGAUCUAUCCCCAUCACGAUGAAAUUUCAAAGAUUACCCGGGCCUAUCGGCCAAGGCUAUAUGCUCGUUGAAUACAUCAGUGUAGCGCGUGUGCGGCCCAGAACAUCUAAGGGCAUCACAGACCUGUUAUUGCCUCAAACUUCCAUGGCCUAAAAGGCCGUAGUCCCUCUAAGAAGCUGGCCACGAAGGGAUACCUCCGCAUAGCUAGUUAGCAGGCUGAGGUCUCGUUCGUUAACGGAAUUAACCAGAAAAAUCGCUCCACCAACUAAGAACGGCCAUGCACCACCACCCAUAGAAUCUCGAAAGAGCUCUCGGUAGUAAGCAAGUUGAGAACGCUCCUGCUUCUCUCUAGGAUUUUUCGCACGUCGGAAUGUCUUAGCCUUCUUGCGUCAAAACUGCUCUUUCUCGUUUGAUUUUUUCCGUUCAAUCUUCAAAUUGUUUGUUUCCCCUAGCUCAUAAAUCAUCUUUCUCUCUUAUCUACCGGUAGAUUCCAGAGAGUUUGAUUUUUUUGGGCAAGGAACGAACACAGCUUGAAGUCCCAGGUCGUUGAAUUACUAUUCACUCCCGAUUUAGAAGGUGAGUUUGAAUCCCAUCUUCUAUUGGCUGCUCGUGGAAGAAGAAGGUUGCUUGGGGGUCGCCGGCCUCUGGCGCACCUCCCCCGCCUGGAUUCCGACCACCGCGACGCAGCCGUACCGGGGAUCUGAAAGAACCGUUGCAGCGGCUACUGUUCAUCGCAGUGUGCAAUUUUGCAGAUUUCUUCAUUUGUGCUCGUUCAAUCUGGAAUCUGAAGCUUGAUUAAAGUUCAUCUAGCUGAGACGAAGCUGUGGGUACUGAUUUUAGCUGCUACAAGUCGGUAAUUCGUUUUACCCCAAUUUCUUGGGCACUGCAGCAACGACGAAGGAGAUCCUUUGGUGAAUUUUUGGAAUUUUUCUGACUAGUUUUGAUUUUGGGAGUUACUGUUCAUCUUCCCAAUUAAACUGCACUAGUUACGAAUUUUUCCAGACCGCUGCACUUGUUAACCUUCCAAACAAAUCAUACCAGGUUGUUCACCAGAUUGUGGGGUAUCCUCCACAUUAUUUUGAGGAUUUUUGGUGUUGUUUGUAUUUUGAGCAUAUUCUGUACUAGUUACGAUUUUUCUGGGAAUUGUAUACUUGUGCAUUGCUCAAACUAAUCAUACCAGGUUGUUCAGCAUAUUGAGGGGUAUCUUCCUGAGUUUUUUGAGAUUUUUUGGAACACUUUCAAAAAUCUCAAACUUACUGCCUGCUACAGUACUCAGUACAAGUUAAACUGUUUUCCAGGUUUCUGGACUUGGCUUUUGGUUAAACUAAUCAUACCAGGUUGUUCAACAUAUUGAGGGGUAUCUCCUAGAGUUUUUUGAGAUUUUUUGGAGCACUUUCAAAAAUCUCAACUUUCUGCUUGCUACAGUAAUUUCUGUGCACCUUUGACUAGUUACGAGCUCUUUCUGAACUCCAUACUUGAUCACUGGUUUAACGGAAUAUACCGUUGCGUUCCCAACUUCUAGGGGAACGUGUGAGAGUUUUUUCAUAAUUUUCUGAGCUCAUUUGGACUGGUUAAUAUUGGUUUCUUUGCUACUGUUUUGCUGGUACUAAUCUUUGGGGUGCGUAUCAAGUCCCGUGGGUUGUUUUUUCUUUUGUUUUGGUUGGUACUAACACUGCAGGUGUGAUGUGCUGACUACAAUGACGAGGAAUAACAAACAGUCCCGUACUCCUCCACCUAAGGAUGAGACCUUUGAUGCCAAAAUCAAAAUGAUCAAUGCAAAGAAGUUGGAGAUUGAAAACCAAAAGAAGAUGGGUGGAGAACAGGUUCCCUAUGUUACCAAAACUGCCCCCAAGCUUACAAUUAAUCCUACUUUCUCACAUACAAUUGUGGGGUCUUCAAAGGAGAUUACUUUCGACAAACAAACUGUCUACGCAAGGGAAAACUCUCCCGUUAACAUGGAUAAUUCUAAGGUCGAUGGUUUGGUGGAUGAUGUGUCCGUGACCAUUGGAUCCGAGGAUACUGAGUAAUUGCUAUCAUUGAAGACACAACUGAGGAUGUUAAAGAUGAGAAGAAGGGGUGGGUCAAUUUGUUCCAAAACAACCGAUCCUUAUCCCAUGGUAUGAAACUUGAAUUUAUCCCACCAAAGGGAGAAGUUGUUGAUUUCUCCAACCGGAAAGUACCCUCCAUCAUCGACAUAUGGGGGUAUUGCUUGGUUGGGAUCUUCACGGGGAGAUUUCCCGGUAUCAAAGCGGUGCUUGACCUCAUUAAAAAGUGGGGGGUUGAAUGCAAAGUGUAGUCACAUGACAAAGGGUGGACUAUCUUUCAAUUCAAAAAUGAAGAGGACCGCACCAAGGUUAUCUCCGAGGGGCCUUACUCAUCCUAUGGUAAGGCUCUCUUUCUAAAGGUAUUGUCCGAGGACUUUGAAGUUGAUGGAGAAGAAUUCCUAAAGGUUCCCAUUUGGGUAAAAUUACCCGGGCUCUCGGUUACAUUGUGGAAUAAAGAGGAGAUAAGCGAACUUGCUUCACGUGUUGGUGUGCCAAUUGUUGCGGACCAGGUCACUCUCAACAAAGCGAGGGCCAAUUUCGCUAGGGUACUUGUGGAGGUUGUUGGGAAUAUUUUAUGGUGUUCAAUCUAGUUAGUUAUCUUUGUAUUUAUGUAGUUAUUAAUUAAAAGUGUAAUACGGGCCACAAAUGUGUAUCAGCCCGUGGGCUUCCUUGUAACCCGUAAGUUAGCCAACUUCUCCUAUAAAAGGAGGCUAACUUACGGGAACCCUAACUAAUCGAGACAGGCUUAGAGACGCAGAGGCGUAGAGAUAGAGAGAAAUUAGGUUGCCGCUGCUCUCCUUGUCCAGGGAGAGUAGCGGCAGGUUCAUACGGUAUACCAGAUUCACGUUCAAUCUUAUCAAUUUCUUUCUAUCUGCUUCUUUAUCAC